UCGCUUGGUCACCGUAUCUUCGAAACGUUCCGAUACCCUUCUCAGAGAAGUUUCAAAAGUAGCAGAACUCUCUCUCUGUCUCCCAGAAGCACACAUAGUGGACCUGGAACUACAAAUUUGGUUGGUUGGAAGCAAAUCAAUCAUCGUCCCGCAACUCAAAAACUCAUAAAGAAAUCAAAUCAACCUCCUCUCUCGAGUCAGGAGUAUCGCCUUGUCUUCGCUCCUAUUGUAAACAAACUCCUGGUGCCCUGGCAUCAGAAGGAAGGGUGGAGCUGAGGCCAUAGGGAAAUUAGGGCCCUACCCAGAUGAUGAGGUUCCGUCAUAUGUACCACAUAAUUUUGUCAUUACGAGCUUGAGUUUCAUCAGCUAUGGAGGUUAGAAUUUCAGAAACAAACAUCUCUGCAACGUCAUUAGAAUCUCGUCUGGUUGCAUUUUCUUAACUCCAGCACUGCUUCGGAGACAAAAUAAAGAGGAGAAAGAGGAUGAGGAACAAACCAAGGAAACCAACUGCUUUCCAAUGCAAUGCAAGAAGCAGAUGCUCGUUAUCUGCUGUUGUGUGGGUAAUAGUGGCGUGCAUUCUUAUGCUUCAUUUUUACUCCUUUGUUUGCCAUAGAGAUAUCCAAGUUCGUUUGAAUCACCUCCCACUGACCCGAGAACUUGAAGAGGUGGAGGAGGAGAGUUUCCAGAUUCCACCACCAAGAGGUAGACGAUCUCCACAUGCGGCAAAACGGAGGCCACAAAAGCGGUCUAAUUCACUAAUCAAUGAAUUUCUUGAUGAAUCUUCACCACUGAGGCACUUGUUCUUCCCUGAUCAGAAAAUCGCAGUAGAUCCAAUCAAGGAGGCAGGUAACAAUAUCUUGUAUUUCUAUCCAGGGAGGAUUUGGUUGGAUGCAGAUGGAAAUCCUAUUCAAGCCCAUGGAGGAGGAAUCUUGUACGUUGAGAGAUCAAGGACAUACUAUUGGUAUGGAGAGAACAAAGAGGGGCCGACUUAUCAUGCUUACAGAGAAGGACCUGCACGGGUUGACAUAAUUGGGGUGAGUUGCUACUCUUCCAAGGAUUUAUGGACAUGGAAAAAUGAGGGCAUCGUGUUGGCAGGAGAAGAAAAUGAGACCCAUGACCUUCACAAAUCAAAUGUGCUUGAGAGGCCGAAGGUGAUUUACAAUGACAAGACAGGAAAAUAUGUGAUGUGGAUGCAUAUUGAUGAUUCUAACUAUACCAAAGCCUCUGUGGGAGUUGCCUUCAGUAACUACCCAACAGGGCCCUUUGAGUACCUUUACAGCAAACAGCCCCAUGGGUUUGAUAGCAGGGACAUGACAAUCUUCAAAGAUGAUGAUGGUAUGGCAUACCUCAUCUACUCCUCGGAGGAAAACAGUGAACUUCAUAUUGGGCCCCUAACAGAUGACUAUCUCGGUGUCACCCAUGUGAUGUGGAGGAUUCUAGUUGGGCAACACAGGGAAGCACCAGCUCUAUUCAAGCACGAUGGAACAUACUACAUGAUUACCUCAGGUUGCACAGGCUGGGCCCCAAAUGAGGCACUUGCACAUGCAGCGUACUCAAUCCUAGGCCCAUGGGAGACCAUGGGAAACCCUUGUAUAGGUGGGAAUAAGGUCCUGCGGCAUACAACGUUCUUUGCUCAGAGCACGUUUGUUCUCCCACUUUCGGGUCUUCCAGGUUCAUUUAUCUUCAUGGCUGACCGUUGGAACUCGGCUGAUUUGAGGGACUCAAGGUACGUGUGGUUGCCUCUAGCAGUUGCAGGAGCGGCCGACCAGCCUCUAGAAUACAAUUUUGGAUUCCCUUUGUGGGCAAGAAUGUCGAUAUAUUGGCAUAGAAGAUGGCGGCUUUGGCAGUGAUUGUGAAUUGAUGGGGGUUGCUUUCUGUAUCAUAUUUGAAGUCUCACUAUCACUUCCUACCAAAGAAAAAAAAAAAAAAAAAACUUUGUUGUCACUCUAAUCUAUAGAUCUCAUUCGUUUUUACAAACCAGAAUUUUUAAUGUAGGUGCUUGACAUGGAUCUCUCCUGUUGAAAAUUUCAGAUGGCAAUUGCAGAGACAAAUACCACCUAGGUAAUGGUCGGAGCUACAAAUGAAAAUUGUGGGAUCACCAUCUAAUCCCACAUGAGGAGCAAGAAGGAACUGCCUCAAGAUACUUCUGUCUACGUACACUGGUAAUUUUUACUGGGUACGUGACGUUUAGAUGCUACGGUCUCACACAAAAGCGUUUUCCAACGGGUGGUGGUUUGACAUUGUAUCAAACAAUGUGCAUGUGAGACAUCGUGAUGUUGUUAAACCUAUGAUGGGGUUAGUUCCUCAGUUGUUCCUAAUUAGAACGGUGGGAAAUUUUGAGUCAGUUGUCAAAAAGACCAUUUUUAUCCCUGAUCAUGAGCGUCCAGGGGCAUAAUUGAUUUGCUUACAUGAAGAACGAUUCCUUUUAUUUUUAUGAAAUAGGAAUAUAUUUUUGUAAUCAAUAUUUUCAUGAAUCUUGAUCUCAUAUUUUGAAAGGUAUAAAGGUAUUUUUGUCA